CUGGAGCAGGGAGGAAUGAAGACAUCUUUAUUUACGUUUUUUGUUUUCAUUGGAAUCAACAUCAUUGUUUGCGCCCUCUACAUGCACAAGUACCUUCACAUAGCUGCUUUAUUUAGGGAAUCGAAUAAGCCUGUCACGUCAAACGACCAAAGUUUGGUAAAAUCAGAAGUUAUUUAUAAUGUGAAACAUAACCAUGGUUACACGAUCGACCAUCGUCACCUAGCAACGACUUCUCAUGUCCAUCAUGACGACCGAUUUCCCACUAGGCUGACACAAAAUGGAGUCGACUUUACAACAGAGGAGGUAGUUCUUGAAAAUAGGGUUAACACGCAUCCUUACACUUUUAUCAUUAAUCCCAUAGAUCUCUGUUCGUCAACAAAAACAUCUUUUGGCCUUCUCAUUCUCGUCACCAGUAAGAUUUCAAACUAUAUCGAACGCUUAACGAUCAGGUCCACGUGGGGUUCCGAUGCGACCGUGUUUAAUAACGAGGGUGACGUCAGACUGGCCUUCUUGCUGGGAUAUACGACAGACAAGAGUGCUCAAAACAUGGUUCUUCGGGAGUCCGGUGUUUAUGCGGAUAUUAUCCAAGAGAACUUCCUAGACACAUAUAGGAAUCUGACCCUCAAAUCUGUGAUGCUUCUCAAGUGGGUUAGUGAAUAUUGUCAGAAUGUUCAGUUUGUGAUGAAGACUGAUGAUGACAUGUACAUCAACAUCCCAAACUUGCUAAAAAUGUUAUCCAUGGUUUUUAGUCAGUCGAAUAUAAUGAUUGGUUACUUGUUCACAAAAGCUAAGCCUAACAGGAAGAGAAGAAAUAAGUGGUACGUCUCUAGGUCUGAGUUCCCUGGUGGUGUGUAUCCAAACUAUCUGUCAGGUACUGCCUACGUCAUGAGCCGCCAGGUUGCUCCAAAGUUGUAUCAGAUCAGUCUCAAUACAAAUUUUCUGACAAUGGAAGACAUUUUUGUAAGUGGUGUUUUGGCCUCCAAAGCAAAA